AUGCCGGUGGCGAAGCGAGGACUUGUUGCGCCGCAGAACACCUUCCUCGAGAACGUCAUCCGGCGCUGCAACAACGCCGACACUUCCUUCAUCUUGGCCAAUGCCCAGGUCGUCGACUAUCCCAUCGUCUACUGCAACGAUGUCUUUUCGAAGCUCGUCGGAUACUCCCGCGCCGAGAUCAUGCAGAAACCGUGCUCGUUAGUCGUUUGUAGCGUUUACAUCAGAGAAAAGUAAUUUUUAUCCAUUGACCAAAAGUACUGAAAAGCAAACUUGUUAUUUCAAAGCGAUGAAGUGUUAAUUAUCCUGAAACAAUUUUGAGAACGGCUUUUCGGCAAAGGCAAUUUUAUUUUCAUAGCAAUUUUUUGUAUGAUGGCCUCCCCUUUUUAUUUUUUAUGCUUUGGGUUUUUUUGGGGUUUUUUUCUGAUCAAAAAAACAAAAAAAUAAUUUAUAAAAUCGUCUAAAAAAAUACAACUUUCAGAUAUUUCUGAAAACUUGCCAGUUCAAGUUGCCAAAAAAAGGGAAGAUGGUCGUAGAUUUAAUUUUUUCAUUAUUUACAAAGAGGCUUUUGCAAGAAUAAAUGUUCGGUUAUCAGGCUUGUAAAAUCGGUUUUCAGACUAGCUUUCAUGCACGGGGAGCACGGAGAAGCCGGAAGCUUGCAGAGGAUCCAGGACGCUCUCGACAACUCGCGGACCGAGCAAGCGGAAAUCGGGUUGUGCCGCAAGAACAGUUGGUGGAACUCCCUUACCUUUCUCAAGUUGGGACGUUUCAGAAACGCCGAUUUGGUUGCUGGUCCACCUGGCACCCAUCAAAAACGACAAGGACUCGGUGGUUCUCUACCUUUGCCAGUUCAAAGACAUAACACCCCUGAAACAACCUCUAGACGAUGAAAACAAUAAAGGUUGGCACGCCGUCGAGCUAUUUCCAGCCGUAACGGAAAGAGUAGAAGCUCAUGUUGUGCCAAGGCUCAGUGCUGCAUUAUCCGUGUUAUCACAGUUCUGGCUGACAAGAUAUUCAAAAAAGAAAAUCAUAUUCUCUGCGAGAAUAACGAUUUGAAUUUGCAGGUCUUUCGCGGAUUCUGCAAAUAGCGAGGAUAGCCAAGUCCAAACAGCAGUUCAAUCAAAUCGAAACCAAGGACUUGCACAAGUCCUCAGCCAACACCUCUUCAAACUUCAACCAGGUUAUCAAGGUUCAGCACUUGCCUCCUUUUUUGUUUCCUUUUUUGCUUUGUGUUCGUCGCGCAGUCGCUUUAUGUUUUUUUUUUCUGUUCAUGCUGAUAACAAAUGAAAUUUCGAAAAUUUGAGAAUUUUGAAAGAUACUGCGAAAAACAUUUUCAUUUGCUCUCGGCUGUUCCCUACUUAUUUCUUGCCUCGGCGAUUUCGCCAUGUCUCUACCGGCAAAUGUUUGAAUUCACAGCGGCCAGCAGACUUCUUUAUCUGGAGAACUUCAAAGAUUUUUGGCUCAAUAAUGUUGUGAGAAGAAGGAAUUUUCAACAAAAAAUUUGACUUCGAAAACUAGAAAUUAUUUGAUCCGAGUUUUUCACUCUCCACUAUCUGAGUUUGAAGUGGACUAUCAUGUGCUUUAAGGAAUUUCUAUCGGGAAAAGGGAAAACAUCAGCCAAUUUGAAACGAAUUGAAACUCCAUUAAAAUGAAAAAUAUGAAAUUCAAUUCCAAAAAUUUUUUUAACUUUUUGUUUCGGUCUCUAAAGGUUUUCAAAGUCGAUUUUUUGAAAAAAAAAAAAGCCUUAGUUUUUUGCAGAGCUGCCAAUUAAUGAAAAUCAUCAAAAAAAAUUUUAACUAGACUUAAAGAUGGCUGAAAUUCUCAUUAAAGGCUCUCAAACUGAAGUUUUUCACUUUUUUCUCAGUGUUUUGAGGCUUUUUCUAUAUACUCCUUUUGCCUCAACUUGAGACACGGUGAUGCGGCCUUUGCGGUUAGGGAGCGUAACGAUUGUGAAGCAGAACUGUUAUUAAUGUUAAUCUCAGCGUGUCGUUUUUUCAAAACAGAGUUACUCAAACUAUCUCUUGGGACUUUUUAAACAAUAGAGUCGGAACUUUGGCUAAUUGUUCCUGAAUGAAAGAAAAACAUAUAUUUGAAGACUGUUUCAAAUGCGUCACAAUCGCCGCGCCACAGAGUUUCAAUUCUUGAGGAACUCAGUUAAUCAGUAUUCUAAUGAUAUUCAGAUAAGUUCCUUCGGAUUAUUGAGAAGUUUAGGCGUUUCAAUACAAAAAGUGUCGCGACGCGCACACGAGUGUCAGCCGAUCGAGAACGAUUUUUCUACGAGGACAAAAAAUAUUUCAGGUGAUGAACCUCGGCGGCGACAUGCUGCCGCAGUACAGACAAGAGACGCCAAAGACUUCUCCCCACAUAAUACUCCACUAUUCUUCGUUCAAGACUAUUUGGGACUGGAGUAUCCUUGCUCUAACCUUCUAUACCGCUUUUAUGGUGCCUUUCAACAUAGCCUUCAAAAACAGGUUGGUGUCCUUCCUUAAUAUGAAACUCGGCAAAUGUGUCACGAACUAACUUUCCAAACGUUUGCUCAUCUCGAAAAAAGUAGAGAAGUUUAAGUUUUGUUACAGUUCUUCAUUUUCGUCAUCAACGCUGCAAAAUGAUGAAUUAUUGGAUUUUGCCGUAUUUCCGGAUGAGUCAACGAGGGCUGCUCCUGUUCCCACAGCCACCGUAAUGUGAAUAUUAACAAAGAAAUUUCUAUCCACGAGAAAUCAAUUCGGCGUUGUGUUUCGUGACACAUUUGUUUUUCCUUUAAAUAGCACUGCCAAAAUAUUUUCGUUUUUACAUAUAUUUUGAAAUUCUCCUAGCCUUUUAAAAAAUUUCGGAAAGAACAACAAACCAAAGUACAACACAUUGAAAUAGUUUGACCUUUUUGUACAUUCUCACUCUAUCAGCGACGCGUUUUUGUCGCUGAUAGAGUGAGAAUGUACAUUUUUGUUAUUUUUUCCUGAUAGUUUUGAUUAGAGUAAAGAGGGCGCAGAGAAGUCAGAAUUUAUUAAUUCGUGGCUGAAAAGCAAUUAAUUUGGAUCUGAGGAGUAGAGUCUGUUCAGAUUUUGAAUGUCAAGUAGAAUGACGUCAUUCGAAAACGCUCUGUGGAUGGCUCGCUCUCUGAUUGGUUUGUCGCACCAUUAGGAAGCGGAGCUUCAGGGAGGACUUGAAAUUUAAAAUCUGAACAGACUAUAAACGGUCUUCUGAUUUUUUUUUUCAAGUAAACUAUUUUUUUCACACAAAAUUGUUAUAUUUAUAGCCUAAAGCCUUUCUUCAUGCAACCUUUCAGGUAAGAGAUUUUUUUGGGAUAUCUGUUGUCAAUGUUGAAUAUUUAUUUUCUUGUAAUCUCUAUAAUUCGCUCUCCGUUUGGUGGUUUCAUUUCUCUUAAUAUUUCGUGAGCCUGUUAAGCACACUAGCUUCGUGCUGUUUUUUUUUCGGAAAUAUUCUGUUUUUCAAUGACUUCGUAAAGAGGGGUCUUUUUCAGCUCAAGAGAACUGUUUCGAAAAUUCUCGCAAUCAAGUUUUUAAUAUGCAUGCAGAAGAAGCUUGAACACUAUUCUUUGCGACUUCCACAUCAAAUUCAGAAGAAAAAAACAAUAAAAUAAAUGUUCGAAGGUUCAGAGAAAGUCCCGGAGGCGGCAUCGAUUCGGUUGCUUUGAUGGACUCCAUCGUCGACGUCAUUUUUUUUGCCGACAUCUUAUUGAACUUUCAUACAACUUUCGUUGGCCCCGGCGGCGAGGUAAAAUUUUUGAAUUGAGAUUUUAGCAGGCUCUUCCACUUCAAAUUUUAUAGAAAAAGCCAUAAGAAUUUUUACCCUCACAUGCUUUCUUCGCUUUUUUUCCAAAAAUGACUUGUUAAUGACAGAAAACUCUGCCUUCAGGUGGUUAUCGAACCAUCCGUCAUUCGACAUAAUUAUUUCAAAUCUUGGUUUCUCAUAGACCUUCUGUCUUGCUUGCCGUACGACAUUUUCUACAUGUUCAAAAGAGAUGAUGAGGUAAAACAUGGAAGGUUAUUUUGUCUAUUUUGAUUCAGAGAAUCGGGAGCUUAUUUUCUGCUCUAAAAGUUGUGCGACUGCUCCGGCUGGGAAGAGUGGCCAGAAAACUGGACAACUACCUGGAGUAUGGAGCCGCCACACUGCUCUUGCUUCUAUGUGCCUACGUUCUUGUCGCUCAUUGGCUAGCAUGUAUUUGGUUUAGUAUAGGAGAUUUUGAAGUGCGGUUAAAGGUUGAGAAACGGUUCCGACAUCAGUAAUCGAACUUUGUUUCUCAGAUGGAAAACUUUUCGUUACCCGAUGGCUGGCUAUUCCGCUUGGCAAACGAUCUCAAGUCGCCGUACAACUUCGAUUUGUCCAACAGAUCGAGACUUGUCGGUGGCCCGACCCGGGCUAGCGCCUACAUCUCAUGUAAGCUUUCAUCUAUCUUUCACUCCAUUAGCCACAAUCAAUUUGAAAAAAAUCUGACCUGUGAGUUUCGGUGAUAGAAAGGAGAGCGGAAAAAAGUAUCCAUAUUUCGUUGAAUGAUAUUCAACAAGAAAUGUAAUAAAGAAAUUUUAGCUCUGUACUUCACAAUGAGUUGUAUGUCUACGGUUGGAUUUGGAAACAUCGCCAGUACGACCGACAACGAAAAAGUUUUUUUUUAGGAAACGUUUGAGUCCAAUUCAUUUGUCUUGCAGGUGUUUGGCGUUUGUAUGAUGAUAAUAUCUGCACUUUUGUACGCCGCCAUCUUCGGUCAUAUGACAACUAUCAUCCAGCAAAUGACGUCAGCGACCGUGCGCUAUCACGAAAUGAUCAGCAACGUGCGCGAGUUCAUCAAGUUGCAAGAAGUACCGAAAGAACUAGCCGAGAGAGUCAUGGACUACGUUGUAUCGACCUGGGCAAUGACAAAAGGAAUUGAUACUCAGAAGGUUCGACUAUGUGGGGUUUUAUGAAAACAACUGCAUUCUAAAACAAGGUUCUUUGAAAAUUUCCUUCAUCAUCACAAAAAAACUUCCCCUUCCAAAUGUUUAUUGUUGCGUUCGUUAUUUUUUAUUCUGAAUAAUCAAAGUUUUUGAAAACAAGCAAUAUCUUUUGGUUUCAUUGAGGGAGAUUCUAUGACGAUUUGUGUUUUGAGAUAACUUUUCAGGCUGCUUUGUGCUCUAUAUUUGUUCUAAUAGUCUCGCAGUUUUCUCGUUAGAUCAACUUACCAAAUUUCAGGUUUUGGCCUACUGUCCAAAAGACAUGAAGGCGGACAUCUGCGUCCAUCUCAACCGUAAGGUCUUCAACGAGCACAACUGUUUUCGACUGGCGUCUGAUGGCUGUCUCCGCUCUUUGGCCAUGUAUCUUGAGUCGAAUCACGCGGCUCCUGGAGAUCUGCUCUACCACACCGGGGAGUCUGUCGACGCCUUGUGGUUUGUGGUGAGCGGCUCUCUGGAAGUGAUCCAGGACGAAGAAGUCGUCGCUAUCUUGGGUGCGGAAACUUGUUGAUAGGCUCACUUGACUGGUGUCUACAGGCAAAGGAGACGUGUUUGGUGACGAAUUCUGGAAAAACAACGGCUCCACGGGUCAGUCGGCUGCCAAUGUUCGUGCCCUGACAUACUCCGAUCUUCACAUGAUCAAGAAAGAUAAGCUGAUGGAGGUUGAAUCUAGGCUUUAGAAAGCAGUCGAAGCAGUUCCUUUCAGGUCCUCAACUUUUAUAAAGCUUUCGCCAACUCGUUUGCCAGAAAUAUGGUCCUCACAUACAACUUGACACAUCGCAUGAAAUUUCGCAAGGUUCGGCUAGUUUUCCAGGGACCUUCAUGGAUUUGAUUCAGGUGGUUGAUGUGAAACGAGAGAAAGAGCUCGAUGCGCGACGCAAGAACGAAAAACUAACGUUGCCUGCGGACCAUCCUGUCAGAAAACUGUUGUUCCGAAUGCGAGAGCGUCACGGACCUCGUAUAUUCCCAAGCCCUAUGUUCGCUGACAUAGAAAAGGUUCAGAUGUCUUUUGAAUCGGGACGUUCAGAAACUACUGGGAAUAAAAUCAUCUUCUAAAAAAGAGGGAAUUAAAAUGUAUAACUAUAUCUAAUUGCAGCUUGAAUUCCACGUCAUGAUUAUUUCAUAUGUUUAAAAACAGUAUCGAAGCUUUCAAAAAGGUCUUUUGUUCCGUCUUUGCGCCAAGGAAGUUAGAAAAUUGGCAAUCAUAAUUCUCUACAACAAUUUUCACACAUCUCGUUUGGUUUCAUUCAAAGAAAAACAUUCUCUAAUUUAUCAAUAAUUUUUGGUGACUAUUUUAUUACUGAAAACUUUCACGCGAAAAACAAAAAAGAAUAUGUAUUUGAGCAUUCUAAACCUUGAUUUUUUGAAAAUUUAUUUAGCGGAACAACCGAGAAACGUGAUUCACAUUUACUUUUUAUUUCCUGUAGUAAAUGGUUCAAUUGUUGGGUUUUUCAGGGAUUGA